CUGUAUGAUACUCUUCGGAUAUUUACUUUCUCACUCUUUGAUCCUUUUAUUUGCGUUGUCUUUAGAUAUCGUUCCGUAGUAAUAUAAUGGCCCCAUCAGAUGUUGGCAAACGCAUGUCCGAUACUGAGCUAGCCCACGUGGCUGAGCUCAUGGGCAUGAGGUUUGACCCGAUCGGACCUCUGGACAAGAUGACGAUAAUCUGCGGCGGCGUGUUCUACGGCGUAACGCUGCUGCUGCUGAUAUAUGCAAUCAUCAACCGAAACUACGCACCUAUCCGUGCCAAAAACGUCAGGCUCACGAUACUAGUUUACAUUGGAGGCUCAAUGUGGUUCGUCGGUGACAUUGCAACUAACGGCCACGUCGAGAUGAUCGGGGUCUGGUCAAGGUGCAAAAUCUGGUGUCUGUGGUUCCGCGUAUUCUUUGCAUAUACAUUCAGCGCCGCAUUCGCCAUCCGCAACUAUGCGCUGUACCGGGUGUUUGUGCAGCACCGACCAUACCGUGGACUUGGCUUCUACACGCCCAUCAUUGGAAUGUUCGCUACGCUGAUUGCGUUCUGCCUUACUACACAGUUUAUCAGCGACGAGAAGACUGUCAAGUAUGUACCGGCAUACGAGAUGUGCACAUAUGUGUGGGGCUUCCGUGGAGCUUGCCUCGGCUUGCUAUGGUUAAUCUGGUUUGUGGUUCUGUACUUUGUGUUGCGGAUCCGCAAUAUCCACUCGUCGUUCAACGAGCGGAUAGAGUCCAUCAUUAUCUGUUUCCUGGCGUUCUCGACAGUGCUGUUUACCACCCUCUUGCACACGAUCCAGCCCGAGUAUCCACUCAAUGCCAAACUGCGUGUUGCCAACACCUGGUACGACUUCUGCAUGGGCAACAUCUCCAUGUGGGUCAUGCUUGCAUACCCGUGCUUCAACUGCAUGUUCAAUAAGGAGAGGUUCUUGCAGCACUGGACAAGAAAGCUGCAUGCAGAUGGACUGCGCAAAGAAUACCGCGUCGAGACCACGGAGAACAAGUCCAGCCUGCCACUGUACUCGGCGUUCUCAGAAGACCACAAAGGCAGUGACGGUUACCAGGAAACGGCACGGUACUGGCGCGAGAUGCAGUUUUCGAACCCGCAGUCCACAGCCGUCGAAGACUUUGAGUACCAGAACCAAGUCGCAGAAUCCAUGCGCUUCACACCACAGCGGCAGGUUUUGUAAUAGAUGUUUGUUGUUUAGUAUAAACACUUUGAAG